ACCCGCAUGUUUGCACUUGUGAUUGGCAUCGACAAGUACAAAUCCCCCAAAGUCGACGACCUAGGUGGAUGUGUCCACGAUGCCAAAUCAUUUGCAGCGUUGCUUUCUGAACGAUUUAAUGUGCCGGAUUCUCAGCUCUCCAUACUCACCGAUGAGUCUGCCACACGCGAGGCUAUCAUUUCCCAUUUUCUCACCGACCUCGUACAAAACCCCAAUAUUGAACGUGACGAUACCAUCAUUUUCUACUACGCUGGUCGAGGCAGUCGCGCUGAGGCCUCUCAACUCUUGUCAUCUCAGGAAAACGCAAUGGAAACACUAUGCCCUCACGACGAAUGGUUAGAGGAUGACCAUGGCCUUAUUCCUGGGAUUCCAGGUCGCACUAUGAAUGCAUUGUUUCGUGAACUCGCUCGCGCCAAAGGCGACAACAUUGUUCGUAUUUCUGACAUCUGA